AUGCCAGAUUUAUUUGACAACUUUUUCACCAAGAUUAACAUGGCCGUUAACGGCAAGUCCAACCAGCACUACGGCGGAGCUUCCCAGGUCAACACAGGAAGCUUUUACAACUAUCAUAGCACACCCACCAAUAAUAAUUAUUGGAUGCCUACCGGCGCACGCAUCAAAGAAUCGAUGGAACAGCCCAAUAUUGAAGACAUAGCAGGUGCUCCGAAGAUGGAACGAAAUUCAAGUGUCCUGUCAGAAGAUUCCAUGGCUCGGUCGAGGAACAAUAGCGUUGUUGAAUAA